UUCUUAUAUUUGUCUGUACUGUCUAAACAAGUCUUUCGCUGCUCUUUUCCUCCUUGCCACUGCCAUGGCAGCAACUCCUUCAACUGGAAGCGCUUUCAACUCCCUCACUUGAAUCCAUGAAAAAACCCUAACGAAACCCCAUUUUCCAUGCUUUUGGACCCCCACUUUCUCUCUAAAUAUGGGUUCUUGGCUCCAAGACCUCAACCUUGUCCCCCCAUCUCCAUCCUCAUCCUUAACCGCCGCCGCAUCCACCAGCUCCACCAUCAUAGCCACCGCUGGGUCCACGAAGAAGGCAGCCGCAGCUUUGUUAGUCCCAAAAGUCGAACCUAAACUUGAACCAUUUGAUGUUGAAACCCCAAUUUACCAACCACAACAACCGCAAGACCCCACCAGCAGCUCCCAGGAUCUCUUCUUUAGCAGUUCUACACCAAAUUGUUUCUCUAAUUCCCAAUUAACCCCUCCCCUCUCCCAGUCCACCUCCUCCGAGGACGACAAUUCCAAUAAUCUCUAUUCCGAAUACAACCGAAUCUCCGAGCUCUUUCGCACAGCUUUUGCCAAACGCUUGCAGGAUCAAUAUGGUGACGUUUCAGUCGUUUCGGACCCAGAUUCCCGCGCUAUCGUCCCUGUUAAAGAAGGUGAUAACAAUGCCCUCUCAUCUGUCGUGGUUUCCCAGCGGCCGAAGUACCAGAAGCGGUCUUCUGAGCUGGUGCGUGUAACAGACCUCGGACUCGAGGACCAGAGGUAUUUUCGUGACUUGGUCCGCCGGACACGAAUGAUCUAUGACUCCCUUCGGAUUUUCUCUGUCUUGGAGGAGGAAAAGCGACGGGGAGAACGCCUAGGACGGCGCGCGCGCGGAGAUCUACGUGCUGCCGCUACAAUGAGGGAUUGUGGGCUUUGGCUCAAUCGGGACAAGCGGAUUGUGGGGUCCAUUCCUGGUGUUCAAAUUGGGGAUGUUUUCUUUUUUAGAAUGGAACUGUGUGUUGUUGGAUUGCACGGACAACCUCAGGCUGGAAUUGAUUAUCUUCCUGCUAGCCAGAGCUUGAAUAGGGAGCCUAUUGCUACUAGCAUUAUUGUUUCAGGUGGUUAUGAGGACGAUGAGGAUUCUGGAGAUGUGAUUAUUUACACCGGACAUGGCGGGCAGGACAGCUUGAACAAGCAAUGUGAGCACCAGAAGCUGGAAGGUGGGAAUUUGGCGAUGGAGAGGAGUAUGCAUUAUGGGAUUGAGGUAAGAGUGAUUAGAGGGAUUAAACAUGCAGGCAGUGUUAGUAGUAAGGUUUAUGUCUAUGAUGGGUUGUAUAAGAUUCUUGAUUGCUGGUUUGAUGUUGGGAAAUCAGGGUUUGGUGUUUAUAAGUAUAAGCUACUGAGGAUAGAUGGCCAACCAGAAAUGGGUAGUUCGAUCUUGAAGUUUGCGGAGACUUUGAGGACUAAGCCAUUGAGUGUGAGGCCUAGAGGGUAUUUAAGUCUUGAUAUUUCAAAUAAGAAGGAGAACAUGCCGAUUUUUUUGUUCAAUGAUAUUGAUAAUGAUCACGAUCCUUUGUGUUAUCAGUAUCUUGAACGCACCGUGUUUCCUGUCUUUGUUAUUACUAAUGGAAGCAAUGGAACUGGAUGUGAUUGUGUUUCAGGAUGCAGUGAUGGUUGUUUUUGUGAGAGGAAGAACGGAGGUGAGUUUGCAUUUGAUGAUAAUGGGUUUUUGUUGAGAGGGAAGCCAGUGGUAUUUGAAUGUGGGGUUUCUUGCAAGUGUCCGCCAACCUGUCGAAAUAGGGUGACUCAAAGGGGAUUGAGAAACAGAUUGGAAGUGUUUAGGUCAAUGGAAACUGGCUGGGGAGUUAGGUCGUUGGAUUUGAUCCAUGCUGGUGCUUUUAUAUGCGAGUAUGCAGGGGUUGUCAUCACUAGAGAGCAAGCCCAGAUUUUCACCAUGAACGGUGGUGGGUUGGUUUAUCCAAAUCGGUUUUCUGCUAAAUGGGCAGAAUGGGGGGAUUUGUCUCAGAUCUAUCCAAAUUACAUCCGUCCAUCAUACCCUGAGAUUCCACCAUUGGAUUUUGCAAUGGAUGUGUCAAAAAUGAGGAAUGUUGCUUGUUAUAUGAGCCAUAGUUCAACUCCAAACGUGCUUGUGCAGUUUGUGUUGUAUGAUCACAAUAAUUUGAUGUUCCCUCACAUCAUGCUUUUUGCAAUGGAGAAUAUCCCACCUUUAAGGGAACUAAGCCUUGAUUAUGGGGUGGCUGAUGAGUGGACGGGGAAGCUUGCUAUCUGCAACUGAUUAAACUUAAAGAGGAUGUGCAACUUUUUUGUGUGUUGUAUCACCGUGUUCCGAGGACAUGAUGUGCUAAGCGGAAGCUAUCAACUUUUGGGUUUGGGGGACUUGUCAAGCAUUGAUUUCUAUACAUAAAUACCUAUAUGCAAUGCUGCCUGGAGUGGCUGAUGGAAAUUCAUUUCUUGAAGACAUGGUGAGAUAUUUCUCCCGAGCUCUUAAAUUUAAUAUUAUUUUUGUCUAGAAAGUUUCAAAUGGAAGAAUAUGGAUUGGUGAUCUUAGGUCACAUUUCAUUUAAGCACAGCAACAUCUAAACUUUUAUGAGUGUUCAUGUGAGCGGUGUAAAUGCUGGCUGGCAACCUGCUUAACUGACUUAACACUGUUUUUUGCAAUUUUAAGGGUUCAUGUCAAAUAAUUUCUAUGGAGAAAUUAUCUUGUUCAGCUAAAAAAGAUGAGCACUUGAGUUUUCAGAGUAGUGCUGUUUUGUGAACAUAAUCUUGCAAGCAUAAUGAAGAAAUUAUAUGUUGGCUUUGUUUUCGUCCUUUUAUUUAUUUUGGGGGGGUUGAUUUUUGAUUAUAUGCUGUUUGGUGCUUGACUAGUCUGAUAACAUUGAGCUUGAUUCUUCUAUUUUUCCUUUUGGGGGCGAAUAUGGAACCUUAAGCUGUACAAUGGGGUGGUUGUCCUGGUUAUUGAAACACCUCAACCUCUAUCCCAAUGAGAUGUAGUUUUCAGGUAAUCCGGGAUUUCAACCAUUGGAUGCAAAUAGGGCUGAAAAUGGUUUGGUUUUGAAGUUAUUAGUGGCUUGGUUUGUAUAGUAGCCAUGAUGUCAUGUUUCUGCAAAAGAAUUAAAUUGUAUAGCAUGCUUAGGAAUGUGAGUGUUAAUUUCUUAUCAAAUGCUAACUUUUUGCAAUGCAGUUUAAUUCUUUUGCAGCCUUCUUUUCUUCUUCAUUCUCAUAUCUCCCAAUAUUAAUCAUAAAAAAAGAAAUAUAUGCUCAUUUUCAUUACCUUC